UUUAUAAUUUAAUAAUAAUAUUGUAUUUAAUUAUUGUUUCCUUGAAUUUUAUUUAAAUAGAAACAAAAUAUAGAUAAUAAUGGGUUCUGUAAAAUCAAAUAAAAUCAUUUCAUUACCUUCACCUUCUUCAGCAUCAAGGAGGAUUGAAUAUCCAUUUUGGUUUGGAGGGGCGGCAUCAUGUAUUGCUUGUACAGUUAGUCAUCCAUUAGAUUUAACCAAAGUAAGGUUACAAACAACACAUGGAGUAAAUAAAGCAUCAACAAUUUAUACCAUGAUACAAAUAAUAAAAACUGAAGGUAUUUUAGGAUUAUAUAGUGGUUUAUCCGCUAGUAUAUUAAGACAAAUUACUUAUUCUACUAUGAGAUUUGGUGUUUAUGAUAAAUUGAAAAAUUUAAUAUCAAAAAAUCAGGAACAAUUGCCUUUUACAAAAAAGAUUUUAUGCGCAUCAAUAGCUGGAUCUAUAGGUGGAGCUUUUGGUAAUCCAGCAGAUUUAGUUAUGGUUCGUAUGCAAAAUGAUGCAAAAUUACCACUAGAAAAUCGUAGAAAUUAUAAACAUGCUCUUGAUGGAUUAUAUCGUAUUGUAAAAGAAGAUGGUUUUCGAGGUUUAACAAGAGGAAUUGGUCCAAAUGUGAAUCGUGCUAUUUUAAUGAAUUCUUCUCAAUUGGCUACUUAUGAUCAAACCAAACAAAUGUUAUUAUCUACUAAAAUUUUUAAAGAUAAUAUUAUCACUCAUUUUGUUAGUAGCGUUAUGGCGGGAUUGGUGGCUACAACUGUUUGUUCUCCUGUUGAUGUUAUUAAAACUCGUGUUAUGAAUUCUUCAUCACAAGCAAAGAGUAUUAUGCAAGUUUUAUCAACUAUUAUUCGUGCUGAAGGUCCUUUAGCUUUAUUUAAAGGUUGGGUACCAGCUUUUGUAAGAUUAGGUCCACAUACUGUUGUUACUUUUAUGGUACUUGAACAAAUUAAAAAUUUAUAUGAUAAAAGAUUAGCUUUUAAAUCCGAAAAAGCUAGUGCUACUUUAUCUUGAUUUAAGAUAAAAAUAUUAUUUUUUUUGUCAUAUAUUUUUAUAUUAUAUUUAUUCAUAUUUAAUUAUAUAAAUAGAUAAUAGACAAGAUUUAUAGAUUAUUUAAUGUGAGGACUUUUUUCGGUAUCUUUCUA